AUGAAUAUGGUUGUCUUUAAGGAUUUGACUACGAAGAUAGAUGGUUUAAGGAAAUAUAUUAAUAGCAAUUAUUAUCAUGAUCAAAUAUUACAAGAUUUCUUAAGAUCUUUUGCAGCACAGAAUAAGCAAAAUGGUAAAUCAAAAGUUAUCGAUUUAGAUCUUGACGCACAGAGGAAGAUCAACGCAAAUGGUUAUUAUAACUUUGAUGACGAUGAUGAUAACACCACUUUUUAUAAACAUAUCGAUGAUUUGUUAGAUCAAAAGAAGGAAUCUACCACAACGACAACAACUACAACCACAACGACCAGUUCAACUCCUUCAAAAACUGUUGCAAUCACUGAUACUGAUAGUGAUAAUGUAACUAUUGUUUCACCUAUUAAAAAGAAAUUAAAUGGUUUUGAUAAUUUUAACAAUAAUAAUAAUAAUAAUAAUAAUAAUAAUAAUAAUAAUAGAAGUAAUUCAGUAAUUGAUAUAGAUGAGAAUCAAAGUAAUACAAUUGUUGUAUCAUCUAGAAAGAGGAAACAACCUAUAUUUAUUGGUGGUAAAGAGGAUGACAUUAAGAAUGAUGAUCAUGAAGAGAUAUCUUUGAUGAGUGAUGACGAUGAUAGUAUAUCAAUCAAUAGUAAUAAUGAUAAUAAUAAUAAUAAGAGUAUAGAUAGUUAUCAUAAUAAUAUUGAUAAAGAAAUUGUAAAUAAGAAACAAAAGACAAUCGUUGUUAGUGUAAAUAACAAUAAUAAUAAUAAUAGUAAUGAUAAUGAAACAUCGAUAUCAAGUUUAACUAAACAGUAUUCAGCAUCAUCAACCGAUACUGAAGGUACACAAGUCGAUAGUAUUGAAGAUAUAAUUCCAGCACAUCUUUUGGAGGAUGACAAACCAGCUGUUCAACAAAAGACGAUCGAGUGUUUCGUCUGUUUGUCCGAUGUCAACGAAGAUGAAGCACAUAGAAUACAAAAGUGUCAACAUGAACUUUGCAGAGGUUGUUUACAGACUUAUUUAGUUGGUAAAAUCGAAGAGAGAGAUUUCCCUAUUAAUUUGAAAUUGAAAUGGAUGAUAUGGAGUUACUUUUUGGAUCACGAUUUAAUAACGAAAUACACAGAUUAUUCUUUUGAUAAAGCGAUCGAUUUGGACCCAGACAAGUUUUCUUUCUGUCCCACUGGUGAUUGUGGUUAUGUUUUCUUCUGGGAGGCUGGUGACAGCACUGACUUUGUAUGUCCGAAAUGUAAUAAGCGUUAUUGUUUCAAAUGUAGAGCUGAUUAUCAUACCGGAUCGACCUGUGAGCAAUUCAGACAAUGGCAAAAAGAGAAUGGUCAGGGUGAUGAUCUCUUUGAAGAGUUUGUUUCAAGACAAAACUUUAAAAAGUGUCCAAAGUGUGCUAGAUGGGUUGAAAAGAUCGUUGGUUGUAAUCAUAUAGUUUGUAGAUGUAAACAUAAAUUUUGUUAUAAUUGUGGUAAUUCCUACCCUUGUACUUGUGGUGGCGAUCCUCAUGUGGUCAAUCAGCCACAGUUGCAACAGAUGGCAAUGCAGCAAAUGGGAAUGCAGUUUCCAAUGCAAAUGCCAGUACCAGCACCACCACCACCUGUUAGAGGUAGAAGAAGGCGUGGUAACGCACAACAGCAACAAAUGAUGCAACUAUAUCAGCAACAACUGCAACAGCAGCAACAACAACAACAGUUACAACAACUCCAGCAACUGCAACAACAUCAGCAACAAUAUCCUCCUCCUCAACAACAACAACAACAAUACCCCCAACCCCAACAAUAUCCUCCUCAACAACAGCAACAGCAACAACAACAACAUCAACAUCAAUAUUUUGUAAACUAUAAUGGUCCACAAAUGUUGAAUGUCCCACAGCAACAUCAAGUGCCAUAUCGAGUAACUUUUAAUGGGUUAGCCGUACAACACCAACAACCACAACCUCUCCCAAUACCGCAACAACAACAGCAAUAUAAACCACCACCACAACAACAGCAACAACAACAGAAUCCACAGAAUAAUAAUAAUAUCCAACAUAGAAAUAAAAGACGAUCAUAA